GACCAGCCGGUGACGGUAGAGAGGCGAUGGGCGGGCGCCGGGCGGGGGUGUGGUGGGCGGCGUGGGCGGCUCUGGUGGUGGUGACGCCCGCGCUGGCCGACUGGGACCAGAACUGUCCACCUGGCUGCAAGUGUACCUACGCCAGCAACAGGAAGCUGUCUGACUGUCGAGAUGCAGGGUUUUCAACUGUGCCAACUUCGCUCAGCACAGAGGUGCAGGAACUCAACCUAGCCAACAACAACAUUGUGUACCUGGAGAAGGACGCGUUCAAGAAGGCGGGGCUGGUGAACCUGCAGAAGCUUUACCUGAAGAACAACAACGUCCGAAGCGUUCACAAAGACGCCUUCAGGGACCUCCGGAUCAUGAUCGAACUCGAUCUCAGCGGCAAUCGCAUAGACAAGCUUCACCCGCAUACCUUUACCGGGCUGGAGAAGCUGCGGGUGUUGGACCUCAGCAUGAACCAACUAUCCAGGCUAGAUGGAGUGCAGUUUCCACCGCUCCCUCACCUGCGCAAGCUGGAUCUGCGAGAGAAUCGUCUAUCCUACAUCCACAACUUCGCCUUUUCCAACCUCGCCAUCCUCAAUUCACUGCGGUUGUCUGGUAACCAGCUGCAGCUGCUACAACCACAACUGUUUCUCAACAACACCAAGCUGGUAGAGCUGGAGCUUCACGACAACCUGUGGGAAUGUGACUGUCGCUUGAAGAACCUCGUCAACUGGGUGAAGGACAAGGCUCUCCUCCAGACACACGUGACGUGCAGCUCACCAGAGAGAGUCUCGGGCCGCAAGUGGGAGACGCUCUCAGAUGUCGAUUUAGCCUGCCGGCCGGAGUUGAUUGUUCCUCAACCGCAGAUUCCUGCAGCUCUCGGACAGAAUGCUUCCUUGACGUGUCAUGCUUCAGGAGACCCGCUGCCUCAGUUAAAGUGGGUGCUCCACGGAAGAGUCUUGACCAAUAUGUCCAUUAUACCCUUCUCCCACCCGGAGCAGAGGUACGUAGUGAAGGAGAUCGUCGAGGACAACGUCCGGUGGACGCGCCUCACAGUCCCGCAUGUCACAGAUCAUGACUUUACCUACUAUACCUGUGUGGCAGAUAACUUGGCCGGAUUAAUAGAACAAAACGUAUCCCUAGUGCCAGCCUCUCCAACAAUACCUGGGGCUGUUUCUCCCAAAACUGGCCUUGAACUUUACAUGAUCAUUGCCAUAGUGUCAGGUGGUCUGUUGUUGUUAAUCCUGAUUAUUUUGUUAAUUUGUUGCUGUGUGAAAAAGCGCAGGCACCACGAGUCAAAGCCAAGGCCUAAAGUAAAUGGUGUAGCUGGAGGAAAUCACAUAGAGCAUAAAAAUGUGAUGAUUGUUAACCCUGUUGAAAAGCCACCACGGAAAUAUGAGAAAAUUCCACAGACAGAUGUGGAGUUAACGGCCAUCCGUGAUGGAGGUGCCCACAGAAGCUAUGAUGAAGUUGACUACCCUGAAGCUGGUCCUGCCUCUCACCGCAUCCCGCUGGCCACCUUGGAGGAAGAGGAUGACGAUCUCCCUUCUCAAGACACUACCUUGAAUCUAGACACCACGGCUACACCUUCACAAAACGUUCUCAACGACUACAUGGCUCAUUAUCCAGAUUUGCUGGACAUGGCACGCCACAGAGCAGUCUCACCAACACAGCUUUCAUACCAUUCGCUGGUAACACCACAGUUCACGAUGCCUGGUGAAUGGCGCUACAGUUACGUUAAUCCUGCAGAGUUUUCUCAGUAUCCAGUGGCCUACGUGUCUCCUCACCCCGUGCAGCCACGGCCUGGAUACGUGACUCUUCCCCGGAGGCACCGCUCUCCAUCGUGGGCUGGCACCUCUUCUGUCGAACCAGAGACCGCCUCAUCGCCACCUCCAGCAAGUGAGGAUGGGAAAGUGGUUCGCUUUGACCCAAUCUACGACACACUAGGACCUCGCACCACGGCAGAUGGCACGUCUCGCACUGAUCUCACUCGGCCGGCCCUACGUGCUGUGGAACCGUUUACACCUCGUACCCCUCAGUCUCCAAACUCGCCACCUUCACUGCCCCCAUAUUACACUCCAGUCAGCCAAAGUACCCAGUCAGGCCGCCUACACACACGGAAUCAAAGUUCUACACUGCCUCGUUCAACGCCCAACUUAUUUGAAGCAGGUAGUGGUCUGAGUCUUCCUCAGCGGGAGGCCCCAUCGGCUCACUUGGCUGCGCGUACGCGACUGGCUGCCCACUCUCCAACACCGUCCAAUGCUAGUACGGUACGCACUGCCUCGCCUGCCUACCGUACUGCCUCUCCUGUUGUUUCUGUGUCUCCUCAACACCAUUCCCCACAUCAGCCCCCUGUUGGUGGCCACGCCUCAACCAAAACCCCACUGGGUUCCAGCAAUGAGUCGACUUUAGACUCCUCUUCUCAAUACAACAACAAUAACAAUUCUGUAUGUGGCAAGAAUGACUUAAACAAGAGUGAGAUGAGCGUAGCGUCCUCAGGAGGCCCCGUCAUCAUGGCCACUUCAGGUAAGAAAGUACCUCCGAAACCACCUCCAAAACCCAGUGGCAAACGACUCUCGGUGUCCUCAACCGCUAGUGAUUCAAGGAAAGCUUCCCUUGGGGGUGACAGCGGCCGAGGCUUUCAAGAUGAAGGUCCAGAUGGCACUGAAGUGUGAGAGAGAAGAUGAAGCCAUUUUUGGUUGAUGCCUCAAAACAGUGAAAAGGAUAGAACAAGGAGAUUUAUAGCGACUCAGACACGGAGAAUAUUUGAGUUUACGCGAGUGCGUUGAGACUACAGUAUACCCAUGUUGCUAUGGUUAUCCAUUGUUGUGCGAGAGGUUGAGCAGCCAGAGUGAGGAGACGUUCUAUUAGGCUGGCUCUUGUGAUUAACAAGCCUUCCAGUGUGAUGAAGAUAUAUUUCUCAUAUUCUUUCGGGCAAUGGUUUGUUGUGCAUUUCCUACAUGCAUAAAUUGGCAUUCACAGACAUUUUGUGGAAGCAGUCAAAGGUCUGUGUAUUUCGGAAACGGCCAUGUGUAAGUUGGCUGUUUUAAAACAGUACACCUAGUACAGUACACCCGUUACAGUACCAGAAACUAGUUUUCUGGCAGUGUCGGGCAAAUCUGCAUUUAAAUAGGGAGACGUGACCACGUGGUUUUCCUAACGGCUUGCUGUGAAUAUAGACGAUAAUCUUCAAACUGAAGUUAAAAAUGUUAGUUGAAUUAGCUGGAGUUUGAUUACUAUGCUGAAUAUAUAUAUAUUGUAUUUUCAUAAUGCAAGUAGCACCAAAUUUUGUAUGUUCAUAUUUAUUAAUGAGAAUAUGCUUGAAAUGUGAAAUUAUAGUGCAUACCUUGUGACCAUUUGUGUGUAAUCUGCAUACACUUGAGCCAUGGCAGCUCGGUUAGGUAUGACUCAAUUUUGUCAAAAAGUUCCAAAUUGUGGCAUAACUUGAUGUUUAAAAAUGUCUUACCAAUUGAGGAGAGAUUAGCGCUGCUCGUCAUGGUGGAGAACCUAUGUGGAAAAAGACAUCUGGUCACCCAUGUCUUAAAAAGUUUCUAUAAUGCAGGGGUUCUUAUACAUAGAUUAUCGUAUAAGACAAAUAUUGUUCUCUCCUGUGUGAAGUUUUGUGUUUCUUGUCAUGUUUAUAGUCGUGUUUGCCCUAUCACGAUCAAAACUUUGUUUUCUCUUACCAAACUUGUCUGAAAACUACCAAGAAUUUGCUCAUUUUUGUGUAGCUGAAAACUACUAUUUUUUGUUUUCUUCAAAUUAGUCUGGAAACCACUUCAGAAUGUAAAGCUUGUUUUAAAGCUUUUGUGGAAAUAAUAUAAGAAAUUCAAGUUAGUUUUUUGUUUAAGUCACGCAGAGAUGAAGUGAGCUUACCUCUCUCCUCUGGGAGCUGUGUACAGGAACCCUGAGCUGUUGAUCUGUUUUGAUUGACGUGGCAGUGUUGACUGUUAGCAAGAGUGUCAACCCUGACUGUGCUUGACGUGGCAGUGUUGACUGUUAAUAAGGAGUGUCAAACCUGACUGUAGAAGUACAAACUAGUGAUGACAAUUGCUCUUUACAAUCAGUUUAAAUGGACCUUGUAUCCGAAUUUUUUUUUUUUUAUUUGUUAUUUACGCCAACAAGUCAUGGAUGCGAAAAUUAUUAUGCAUCGGUUUUUUGUUUGUUUUUAUGCUUUAAAUAAGGAAACAAUGUAAGUGUCGUUGUAAUUGCUAUGUUUAGUUCAAUUUUUUUUUUUUGUAAUUUACAAGUUGAGUAGAUUAAGUUCAAGCCAGGUGAUUUUUGUUUUCUUUUUAUCAAUUGUACAGCACAGUGUAUGCUAAUUUUUAAGAGAAAAUUAUUCCAUAUAUAUUGCUUUUUGAACGAUGCCAAAUGACGUACAUUUUGGCUCUUGUUAUCGUUCACCUCUGUGCUUUACUUUCCAAAUGACUAAUCUUUCUUUUUUCCCCGUUACUUAGUGUUAUGCAGGCGACCUUAGAUCAACAAGGCUUUGAUCUCUUAACCUGUUUGAGUAGUGAACGUGUGCCAAGUAGGAUUGAAGAACGUGACGCAAUACGCACGCCUGUGAGACCAUAGGAUGAACGCAUUUGCUGUAGUGUGUUGUGUUCCGAAGUACCGGAAGACGGGAAGGUUAUGGUACUUUACAGACUUGUCCUCCUUCCUACCCCCUUCCGGUAAUCUGAGAUGCCUCAAUUCCUAUUAAGAUUUCCUUGUCCUUAGCACAAGGGAGUACUUAGAGGGAACGCAAUUAAUUGUCAAGAUUUUUUUUUGUUUUUUUUGUUUUUUUUUUAGGAAGACUAGUUUUUGGUUACUUUUAAAAACAUGUCCCUUAUUGCUGUGAUGUCAUAAACUGUAUGUCAAAAUGGAUUUUUUUUUGUUUACAUUUAUGGUUUCUAUAGCUAAUUUUCAAUAUUGAAAAAAGGCAAGUGGGUGGGGAAGA